AAACUGGUGCAAUCAUCCUUUGUAGAAGAUGACGUUUACCUAAAUAUACUAAAAAUAGUAACAAAUUUAAAAUACAAAUACCUUCGGGGUAUGGGAACGAAAGUGUUACGAAUGACGUCACCCGUUUAUAUUUAUAUUACCGUUUUUAACGUUUUACAAAUUUUUACUUAGAUAAUUGCGGGAAAAGUUUUAUCGAGUGACAUUUUAUUUUUACAAUAAAUAGAUUAGACUAAAGGCAUGGAGUUACGUUCGAGCAGAUCGAGAUCGAGGACUCCCUUCGUUCAGGGCAGCGUCGAAAGGGAAAUGGUCGGUGAAGAUCUAGUUGGAAGUACGACAUUUAGGACUACACGCAGCACGACAAGAGUAAUAACAUCAAAUUACAACAAUCUGACAAAUAACAUUAAGAGUUCCACGCCGGAAAGAUCUAUGAAAACCAGAAGUUCAAAGAGCGAAAAAGUGUCAAGAAAAGCUCGCUAUAAAACGUCCGAUUAUUCUUCGGAAGAAGGAGAAGCGCUGGAAUCGAGUAAGGACUCAACAGGUCGUUUCUUGGAGGAGUCGUCGAGGCGAUCGGAAGAAAGUCAUUCUACCGGUUCCGUGUCGGCCAUCGAUUUCUAUAGGGCGGCUGGGGAUUAUUGGAACAAAUAUCCAAAAACGGAUUAUACCUAUUCGCUACAUUCAAAAGACAGAACGGAACUGGCGCCAGGCGUUCUGGCAAUGCCAAAUAUGUCUCGUCGAUCGUUGCACGGUUCAGACUACUCGAAUGAAUUCCUAAGAUCUCACAAGGAAACUAACACCCAUGAAGAACACAUCGACUUCACUCCCUCGCACAACUACCGAACGGAGGAGGUGACAAGAUUGAAGCAACGCAAUCUGUUCUCGAACAAUAAUCACGACAAGAUGUAUCAGUAUUCAGCGUACACAAAGCGCCAAUCAUUUCGUUCGAGAACUUGGAGCGCUCUUGUGACUGUCGUUACGUGGAUCACAUCAAUUUUUUAUUACACCUUUACAGUACAAAAUUCUAUAUUCAUAUGGUUCGCGAAGAUCUUACACAGAGUCGCGACACGUGUCAUGCUAUGGGACUCGUGGCUGCUAAGGUCCGUCAGGAAGAGCAAUAAAGUAACCUCGCUCAUCAUGCUGUGCGUGAUUCCGCUAUUAGUUUUCGGAGGAUUACACGUACUGCUGAUCAGCGGGUGGUGGUUACUUUCACAAUUCGGUCCGCUACUUUACGAUAAAUACCGGAGCAACGAUACCGUCCCAAGUUCAGUUGAAAAGCUGUCAGUUGUUAGUUCGUUCGACGACAACAUAAUCAGGAAAGACACGGUUUCCGAAUCGCUAAGGGCAGAUAAGCUGUCCUCCGCUCAAAUCCAAGAAAUCGCAAACACAGUUAGAUUAAGUUUAAAUAUGGACGAUUUUUAUAAUGUCGAUAGUCUUGUUCAUAAAAUAGUUUCCAGUCCCAAUAUGCAAAAUGUUAUUAACAACUGCAAGACGAUCGACGACGGCAAGCACAGUGCGCACAUUGUAAGGCAACAGCAGGAAAUAAUCGACACCUUGAGAAUUGAAAUUGACAAGAUCCGUCUCGAGCAGUUGCAGUUGGAGAAAAUAUAUCAUAAGGACAUUUUGGAUGAUAUAACUCGGUUGCGGGUCCAACAUGAUCGAGAUAUGGCGAGUUUAAAUUUGAAACUAAAUCGGUGUUGCCGUAAUUCCGCAAUUUCAAUAGAAGGCCACAUUACGCGAAUUCUGAAAGAGUUUUUCAACGCCCCACGCGAACUUCACAACUACAAAGAUAUUUCGCGAUGGUUACAUUCGACGUUCGUCGCCAAACAAGAUCUAGAGACGCAUUUGGCAAACAUAACCCACAAUUUGCAUUCCGAUUUCGACGCCCUUAUCAAAAAUAACGGCGAGGUGAUCAUGAACGACGUAAUGGCGAAACUGACGUACGAGUUAAGUCGUCGUAUAGAUAGAGGCGUACCGAACGCGAACGUCGCAGUGGAUUCGAUAACCGACGAAUAUGUCAAGGGAAUCGUGCGCGAUUCGUUAGCAGUUUACGAUGCUGAUAAAACGGGCCUUGUGGAUUACGCACUGGAAUCGGCCGGUGGCGAAGUAGUAAACAUAAGGUGCACAGAAGGCUAUAACGUCCGAACGGCCGUAUAUUCCAUAUUUGGAAUUCCAAUUUGGUACCCGACCAACAAUCCACGCACUGCCAUAACCCCAGGCGCCGUUCCCGGCGAGUGUUGGGCGUUUCAGAAUUUCCCCGGAUUUUUGCUCAUAAAACUCAGUGCGAGAGUGAAGAUCGAGGCGUUUUCAAUGGAACAUAUCAGUAAAAUGCUCUCUCCGAAUGGGAAGAUCGAUUCCGCCCCGAAGGAGUUUCACGUCUUCGGACUACAAAAUGCAACCGACCCGGGCGUUUUGAUAGGCGAAUAUUUUUAUGAUGAAAACGGACCGCCGCUGCAAUACUUUGCCGCCGCCAGGAACGGUUUGAGUUUUCCCAUCGUCGAAUUAAAGAUCAUGUCAAAUCACGGCAACCUGAAGUACACCUGCUUGUAUAGAUUUAGAGUUCAUGGCAAACUAGAUUUAGAAACUUGAUCUUUUUUAUUGUUAUAUUAGUCGUCGUAAUGAAACUAUGUCAUGCUAGUCAUUUUAAUUAGGUUGUCGCAAACGGUCCCGGUUAUAAUGUAGUACAAAAGUUUUUUGAACUGUGUUGUCAUCUUGGUUAAGUAAACCUCACAAUACCUCAAAUACUGGAAUUUUAUAAUUUUUGAAUAUAUACACAUUUUAUAACUUCAUCGUGCUGUUCGCUCACUUUUAACUUCGAAUAUAAA